GUGGUCUCUUCCGGUGUGGAGUGGAAUUCGCUUCCCCGACACAGAGGGCCCACUCUGGGGUCGUUUGAGCAAAAAACAAUCGUACAGGUCUUCGGGCUUUACGGUUCGUUUUGAAAUAUACAAUGCCAUGUUUGUAUAUUUCUUCUCCGAACUCGACGUUGUGACGUCGUGUGCUGCUCGCGAGCUCCUCUUGGGCCGGAGACACAAUGCAGGCCUAGCUGGUCGAGCAGACUGCAGAGGGAUUUAAACCUUGGACGGAAUACGUUUUUCUGCCAUCAAAACCAUCCAGUCCGCCAUGACGUCUCAGCUGCAGGUCUUCUCGCCUCCCUCCAUCUCUUCUAGUGCCUUUUGCAGAGUGAAGAAGCUGAAGGUCGAAAGCAAUGUAUGGGAUGUGUCCACUUCUGAAGCUUACAGCUCCAUAGCUGGCCAGUCUGCGUACACCUUCACCCCAGCCAUGGCUGUGCCACCCUUUGCACCUUCCCUGGUCUUCCCCCCAACUGCACCUGGAUCUCGGGGACAAGUUGUGGUUCGGGCAGCUGAUAGCACCGGCAGUCUUCCCCGAGGUUCCAGUCGGCGAGUAACUGAACAGGCGACAUCGUCCUCCUAUGUCAAUGGCGAAGGGUCGUCUGACACUCGGGCUCACAGGCAUGGACACAAGAGGAAGAUUGAGGAGACCAAUGAAGGCAGUGGUAGUGGAUGUGGCAGUGUGCAAAUUCUGGAAGAGCUCUCUGCUCCAGCAGCCACAUACUCCACACGUACGGGAGGAGGAGGUGGAGGGGGCACCGGCCAGUCGAUUCCACACUCGGCUCCAACCACCAAGAGCAGCAGCUCGAAUGGUGAAGGGGAUUAUCAGCUUGUGCAGCAUGAGAUCCUCUGCUCCGUUUCCUGCAGCUAUGAAGUGCUGGAGUUUUUAGGAAGGGGCACCUUUGGACAAGUGGCCAAGUGUUGGAAGAGGGGAACCAACGAGAUUGUGGCUAUUAAAAUUCUGAAAAACCAUCCUUCCUAUGCUCGUCAGGGCCAGAUCGAGGUGGGCAUCCUGAACCGACUGAGUGCAGAGAAUGCAGAUGAGUACAACUUUGUGCGUUCGUAUGAGUGCUUCCAACACAAAGGUCACACCUGCCUAGUGUUUGAAAUGCUGGAGCAGAAUCUGUACGACUUCCUCAAACACAGCAAGUUCAGCCCGCUUCCUCUGCGGCACAUCAGACCCAUCCUGCAGCAGGUGGCAACAGCACUGAUGAAGCUUAAGAGUCUAGGCCUGAUUCAUGCAGACCUGAAGCCUGAGAACAUCAUGCUUGUGGACCCUCUCAGACAGCCCUACAGAGUCAAGGUCAUUGACUUUGGCUCAGCUAGCCACGUUUCCAAGGCUGUCUGCUCCACAUACCUGCAGUCCCGCUACUACAGGGCACCAGAGAUUAUUUUAGGCCUUCCCUUCUGUGAAGCCAUCGACAUGUGGUCUUUAGGCUGUGUGAUCGCUGAGCUGUUUCUGGGCUGGCCUCUUUAUCCAGGAGCUUCUGAGUACGACCAGAUCCGUUACAUUUCUCAAACCCAAGGCCUGCCUGCUGAGUAUCUGCUGAGCGCUGGUACAAAGACCAUCCGCUUCUUUAACCGAGGACCAGACUCUAGCUACCCGCUCUGGAGACUAAGGACUCCUGCAGAGCAUGAAAUGGAGAUGGGUAUCAAGUCCAAAGAGGCCAGAAAAUACAUCUUUAACUGCUUGGAUGAUAUGAUGCAGGUAAACCUGUCUUCUCAUUUGGAGGGGACAGACAUGUUGGCUGAGAAGGCUGACAGGCGAGAGUUCAUUGACCUCUUGAAGCGGAUGUUGCGACUGGAUGCUGACAAAAGAAUAACUCCUACCAAAACUCUGGGUCACCCUUUCGUGACCAUGAGCCACCUCAUGGAUUACCCCCACAGCUCACAUGUGAAGUCGUGCUUCCAGAACAUGGAGAUCUGCAAACGCAGGACCUCAUAUGACAGUAGCAAAUCUCUGUACUCCACUAAUGCUGUUCCCAGUGCUGCUGCCGGAAACCUCACUGUUACCUUCAGUAGCCAACUCAACCAGCAUAACCAGGUGCCUUCUGCAGGAGGAGCGGUGCCUUUGCUUAACUACCAACCAGCUCUGUAUCAGCAGGCAACAAUCAACAUUCCUGGACUGACUCAGCAGAGUGUCCCGAUCCCAACACGCCCCGCCGGGCUGUGUAGUCAGACUGAACCUUUCCAGCAAACUCUAAUAGUCUGUCCUCCUUCCACAAUUCAAGGGCUUCAGCCUUCUAGCAAGAGUUCUAGUUUCCCUGUGAGGAUGGAGAACUCCGUGCCCAUAGUACCUCAGAACCAGUCUGCUCAGUCACUGCAGAUCCAGCCCAGUAUGCUUACACAGGGUUCCUGCACGCCCCUGAUGGUGGCCACCUUGCACCCUCCCACUGCAGGCUUAGCCCCCCAGUAUUCCCUGCCCCUUGGGCUAGGCACUGGUGUGGGUCGGCCCACCCUGCUGGAGCACACAGCCACAGUGCUGCAGGCCUGGCCGUCUGGAACGCAGCAGAUCCUCAUUCCAUCGUCCUGGCAACAGGUUCCAGGUGUGGCCAUCCACAGCUCCUCCUUACAGAGUAAUGCGGCCGAGUCUCCUCUGGACAGCCACCACGGUGAUGCAGGAGCUCAGCAGGGACACAGCUGGAGAAGUAGCACACAGGCCCGGAACCCACCGGAGCGGAAGAAGGUCAAAGCCAGGCGAGGAGAGAACCGGAACAGGGGUUUAUCGGCAGCAACGCUGCUCAGCAGCGCCACCGUCACACCAAACUUCAGUGCCACGCUGUCGCAGCCGAUCAUCAUCUCGGACACGCCCAGCCCGGCUGUCAGCAUCAUCACCAUCCACAGUGACACCGACACUGAGGACGAGCGCAAGUUCCAUCCUGCCAGCGUCGGAGUGGGUCAGCGCACAAACGUCAUCAGCUGCGUGACUGUCCACGACUCGGACUCGUCAACAGCGAGUCCUCUCACGCCUCUGCCCCGAACCCUCAACGCGGCCAGCAGCAUGUCGUCACGUCAGGCCAAGACUCUGGCCGUGGUGGCACCUUCAGUCAAAACCCAGGGGUCAGAUCGAGGCGCCGUGUCCCGCAGCCGCCUGGAGACAGUCAACUACAUGAAGCUGAAGCGGUCGUCGGCCCAGCAGGCCUGCAGUUCUGGCGACAGUCUGGACCGCCAUGGACUGGUGCUGAGCCAGUCUCACCCUCUGAACCUCAGUCAGCCCAUGGUGUCCUCAUCUCAGGAGCGCAGCGCAGCGUCCCACGGCGACUCGGCGCUACGUCGCCAGCAGACCUUCCCGCCCACCGUCUCGGCCUCGCACUACACCUUCCCCGAGGUUGCUCCUCUGGCCCCGGUCUCGGCCGCAGGCGGCGGCCUCUACACCUACCCGGCCUCCACUGCACUCUCCACUGCUUCUCAGGCCAUGGAGCAGCUGCUGGCUCGUGGUCACGGCAGCCACGGACCCUCCCCUGCCGCCUAUGCAGCAACAUACACCUCAACCUCAUCCAGGAGGGACUCGGCCAGUCGCAAAGACUCGGUCAGCAGUCUCCUGCACGGGCUCCCUGCUGCUUACCAGCACCAGUUUGCUGCUGCGUCGCCCUACGUGAGCGUGACGCCACGAGCUGAGCCCUACAGCGCCUACCAGCUAAGCCCACGCCGCCUCACCCAGUACCCCUAUCUAUAAAGUGGAGGAGGAGCCCCCACCUACCUGACAAAGGGACUUAAUUUAAACCGUUUUAAAAAAAAACUGUCAUGUUUGAACUGCUGCUGUUGAGUCAACUCAAUCUCAUGCUCCUUUUUAGUGUUUCUAACCUCCAUGUUUGAUAUUUUAGCCUUUUAUUUCCCCCUAAUUAUUGUCCAUGGUUCAUUUUCUCACCGUUAUUAAGAUGUACAAUUGUGCUAAGUGUUUUGUGUUGGAUCCCCGAGCGGCUUGGUGAAGAGAGAAACGCUCCUGUCGCGAGCCGCUGUGAUACCUUCCCUCCCGUCUCUUGUCCAGAGCACGAGGGGGAACUGUUCCACUCUAAUCCACGUCCUCCCGAAUGUCCCCAAAACGUGUAUGAAGAUGGUCAAAAGUGGGCGGAGCUACAACUGUGAUGGAUCAAUGUUUUAUUUAGGUGCACAUGUGAUGGCUUUCUGUGCGUAGUGACCAUGUAGGGAGUGUUAGCACGUCCUGAUGCAAUAGAACUCUUUUUUUUCCUCCUCUUCCACCGAGUGUGUUUUUGAAGUCUUAAGAAACUGUGUGAUGAAGCUUUUUGGAUGUUUUACAAAAUAAGAGAUUCCUACUUUACUCCUGAUAAUACAAAUGUAAAUGGGACUUAAUAUAUAUUAAUCCUACAUCUGACCCUUCGGAACUGCUGAGGAUUCAGUGUGCCAUUGAGGCCAGUUAUCCCAAUUUCUGUGUGCAUUUGCUCUACAAAUUGUGUCCUAUUAAAAGUAAGAAGGAGAAAAGGGGUUUGGGUGAGGCUGUUGUCCUCCACUCGUCUGGAUUUGAACACGGUGGUGGUGUUUUUGAAGGUAGGCAGAAUGACACUAUUUUGUUCACGCCCACUGGUGGGAGGUCACUAUCAGAUGUAGAAUCAAUGGUGUGGAUUCAGAAUUGUUAUCAAGUCUGUGAAUAUAUUUUAAAGGCCACUAAGUGCACAUGCUCUUAUUACACACACAGACACGCUCGUCAUAAAUUUGACUUUACAUCUGAUAGUUCUGACCUCAGCGGGUGGGAACAGGCUGCAAUAUUUCGGGCUUGAGUCUCGUCUGCGUACAGUAUGUUGGAAACGUUUAUUUUGACUCGCUGGCUUCUGAAAGCUUGUUUUUGAGUAACUUCCUGCUUGUGUUUGCAUCAGUUUUGUGUUGUAAUGUCUGAGUAUUAUACUGUAACUUCAUCCUAUCAUAGUGUAGUUGAAGAUGCUACUUAGAACUAAAUCAGGGAAAAAGGUCAGAAUAAUCACCCCUCACUGUUUUCAAUAAAAUAACCACAAACUCACCGCUUGUCUCGA